AUGCUCGCCAUCCGUGCAGACUGUCGCCUCGCCGCCCUUCGCCUCGCCUGCCUCGGUUCCAGGCUGCGUCGGCAGGUCGAAAAGUGGUCACGAAGGUCAACGGCGGAGUGGGGGGAGGGUGAGGGGGGGUGUUCUCAUACUAGCACGGAGGGUGGCUCGGAGAGACGGGAGGGGUGUGCAGGCAAUGGAGAGACGGCGUGUCGUCAUCAGACUCUAAACCAAGAGAAGGUACCCUCCCUGUCCCCAGAUUCCACCAAGCUCGAUUAUCCUCCCCAAGCCUCCCUCAGUGCGGCGCACGAUUUCUUUACGAUAACCUCCGACGUCAACGCCAGGCACUCCGAUCGCAUACCGUCUACUUUGACGUUUGAUGACGAUUCUACUUUCACAGCCGAAGAGGCUGUAAUGAUCUGUAAGAUUGCUGGUGACCUUGCCCAAAAGUCUAGCUCUAUCAGUCACCAGUAUACCCGGACGAUCGAUAAUAUCAUCCAACAGAUGCAGAAGGGGCGUUUCGCGAAGAAACCGGCUGAGGAUGACAGAGCAACGGAGCCUCGAUGCCCUCUUGAUGCCUCUCAAUGA